CUCCUUUCAAGAUCUGUGCUGCCAGGCCGUCGCCGAUCGACUUCAACGGCGCCGAUCAGUGAUCCCAUGCCCCACGAGUGCACUCUCUGGCCUUGAUUUCUGCAAUCGGCAUCUCGGGGCUCACUUCUCGGAAAAAGCGACACAGAUCUGCUGCUCCCCUCCGUCCUGAAGUGCAGCAGAAAGGAUAUUGCACAAACCGUCGGAGAGACGAUGGGCUACUCUCUGGAAGCCGGACUUGUAUUUCACCGGUUUCUGACACGAGUGCUUUCUACGUUUCAUUAGCAUUGCCAGGUUCUAAUCCAGAUUACUUCUCGUAGCAAUUCGUAUAUCUGAUAGAAAUGCCGAGGUGGACUAUCUGCUGUGUUUGAGUUUCAGUUCUCGGAUUGCAUCAAUGGCUUGUGGGGUGAUGAGCGCGGUGUUCUGCCUGGAACCGGCACCGGCACCGGCAUCGUGGCAUGUGCCCUCGUUUAUGAAGUCUGGCACCACUGUGGAGGCUGAGAGUUGCACUGGUAUUGCGAUGGCGUCAAUGCUUCUCACCAGUCCGUCUUUCUCCAUGGCAUUCAUGUACGGUACCCUCAAGCAGGGCUUUUCCAACCACUGGCUGAUGGAGAAUGUGAUUGGAGAGGGUCACGCGCACGUCAUCGGUGUUGCGAAAACAAAGCAUCGACAUCCUCUUGUUUGCGGGCCGUUUCAAGUGCCGUUCCUGCUGCACAUGCCAAAUUCUGGUCACCAAGUGAAGGGAGAGGUGUAUGCUCUUGAUCAACUUGCCGUGGAAUUGCUGGACAACUUAGAACGCGUGAGCAAAGGGCACUGUAUGCGCCGGCCUCUUGUUUUAACUGGCCUUCGAUCCCUGGAAGUCGAUUGCGCACCGUCGAGUGAAGUCCUCUCUGAAGCUUACUUUGCCCACUUGGCAUUGCAGCUCGGAUUGUCGAGGGCACCCCACUUAGAAGCCUACACGAAAAAGGAGACAGUCAACUACGUCUAUAGGGAAGACAGACCUAAGGAUCGAACUUUUCUGGAGCAUGUGAACCAUUUGAUUGAAUGCCACGGCCUUGUACCUUCCACGUACGAGUAGUCCAGUCCGCUUAGAGCAGUUGGGUUGCUUCCUGCAGAGCUAACAAAGAGCCAACUCUAUCAACGAUGCUAGCUUCACCGGGUGAGAGGUUACCGUUUCACACACUACGGUCCUCUUUGUACAACUCCGGCGAAGCAAACGAUGGAGCUUCACCGGCUUGGUUUCACUCAUCUCCAGCCGCGGUAGUCUGCGACAUUCACGUCCUGAUGCUGGUUCUGAUUCUGCCUUACCGAUGAACACAAGGCUUCGAACUGCAUUGGACACCGUAAAGUUCAGCAGCUGAAUUGAAUUUUACACUCAAAUGGGUAGCUAUAGAGAUGCCCUUGUGAUUUGUGCCCAUGUGAAACAGGGCACAUGAAUCAUGACCAAAGAAAUAUGUUCAUUGGAUAGACGCUCCUGACACUAAGUAACUAUUGAAUUUUAACACAUUCCCUCACGGAAACACCCAACAGUAAUACAGAAUGUGACUACUAUUGCUCGGCAAAUGCUCUUGAUUGAUUUAUACAGAAACCGCCUACCAGUCACAGCAGUCACCACCUUCCAGUAUCAGCUACACUCUAUGCUAGCGGGAUUUCAAGCUCAAUGUAAAGAAGGAUUUCUCUAAACUGUACAUUAGCUUAUAUACUGGUAGUUAUGAUUUACAUUAAUGUAUAGGAAGUCAAAUGAAUGUAUUCAUCCAACACUCUCACUCUUUCAUUUUUACUUUCUACAA